AUGAUUCGAGCCAGAGCUACCUUUCUAUCUCGUCCUGUUGCAACAAAUAAAGAAGAUGGCACGAAGAGGAGUAUGCUGCAGCCCUUUAUCAAUGGUGGGUCACUAGAUGAAUCCAUUGUCGAACGACAUGAAAUUGAAGCCAUCCCGCUCGAUUGCAAUGCCAAUGACAAUAUAAUACUUUACCAACAAUCAUUCGAACAGAAAGGAAUGAUUCGAGUUAAUCUUGCUGAAUAUCUGAAGCAGCAUUUUGUAUCUUGCCAAGACCGUGAAGGUGAUGGCAAACAAGACGACGACAGUGGGAUUCGUUCCGCGGCUAGCGACUUUUUACGGUCGGACCAAGGCCAAUCACUGUUGCUCGCUCGGUUUGCUCAAUCAACCGUAUCAAAAUCAUCUCAACAACAAUGGCAUAUCCGACCGACCCAUGUCACUCAUCGAACAGUGCCUCCUGAUGGAAUGUCUCUGGUGCACAUUGACUAUCCACAAACAACAUCACUGGGUCAGUUGACCAGCGAAUGGUGGAGGAAAUGGGAGCCCCUGUUAUCCGAUCUGGGAAACUCACCAGAGCAAUUGGAGCGCCGCUUUGUGUUGGUGGGGGUCGUCACCCUGUGGGUCUUUUUACCGCAGGACAGAAAUGACCAAUUGCAAGACCAUCCGCUAUUGGUGGCAGAUACUUCCACGUUGUCGCACGAGAACGAUACAACCACGUACCAAGUGGUUGGAUCCAAAACGACCCGACAUUCGGUUGGAGUCUUUUACAACCCCUCAAUGAAGUGGUAUCAUGCAACAUCACCCAACAUGACCUGGGGCGAUGCAUGGUUGUUUGAUACCCAAAAGAACCCACAUGUCUCUGUCAAUCUCAUGGACAACCUAGAUUUUCGACGCCAAUCUUGUGAAGUGCGCUGUCUGAUACUACAGAAGAGAAAAGUUGAAGAUCCGUCAUGA